CCUCUUCUCACACACUCGAGUAUAUUUCCUCGUUCCUCAAGUAUAAAAAUUUUUAUAAAUUGCAAUUAAAAAAAAAAGGGAACGAACAAGUUUACAUAUUUUACUAGUUGCUAUUGAUUAUCAUCGUCACAUGAAUGACUAAUAUGUAGAUAAUAAAGUUAGGUUAAGUUUGGUUAUUUGUUUAAGAAAUUUUUCGUAAAAUUUCAAUGAAAUGUUAUUUAUGAUUGAGAGUUAUAUGAUUCGCGCCGGUUCGCGAUAUUUGCGACGAUGUUUUUCGAAAAACGUCGCGACAAAGGAUUCUCAAGAAAUUAUAUUGCAACCUCAUGAUAAUUUUACAUCGGUGCGACGGAAAUCUCUGAAGAUUGCUAUUCUGGGUGCACCGAAUGCUGGAAAAAGCACGCUGGUUAAUCAACUUAUUAAAAGAUCGAUAUGUCCUGCAUCUUCAAAAGUACAUACAACGCAAACCAAAGCAGAUGCAAUUUAUUGCGAAAAUGAUACUCAGUUGAUAUUUAUGGAUACACCCGGUAUGGUUUCCGCAAAAGAACUUAAACGAUACAAGUUAGCCGAUACCUUUAGAAAUGAUCCAAAAGUUUCCUUGGCAACAGCAGAUAUUGUGGGGAUUGUGCAAGAUGCCCAGAAUAUGUACACUAGAGAUAAGAUCAAUCCAAAUAUAUUGGCACUAUUGACUGAGAAUAUAAUAAAUAAGAUUCCCAUGAUUUUAAUUUUUAAUAAGGUGGAUAAAUUGAAAAAGAAAGAGGUAUUACUGCAACUUGUGAACAUUAUGAUCAAGAACUCGAAAUCUUUGAAGUUCUCUGAUAUAUUUAUGGUAUCUGCUUUAACCGGGGAUGGCACUGAUGACUUGAGGACUUACUUGCUGGAUUCAGCUAAGCCGCGAGACUGGCAAUAUGAAGGACAUAUAUACAGCAAUUACAAAUGCGAAGAUAUAAUACAGCAGACAGUACGAGCAAAACUGAUGGAUAUUCUACCGAAUGAGGUUCCAUAUAACUUGAAAAUAAUAUUGGAACACUUUGAUACAGGAGCUGAUGAUAAUAUUAUGGCAGUAGUGACUGUCUCAUGUCCCAAAAAAAAUAUUGCUAGACUCUUAAUUCGUAGGAAUAUAAAUAAAUUAGUAGGCAAUAGAAUAAAACAAGUUGCUGUUAUGGCAGAGCAGGAAUUGCGGCAUGCUUUUCGAACACCGGUGAGAUUGAGACUAAUCGUGCAAUCUCCAACAUGAUUCAGUUUGCUAUUAUUAUUUGUAAAAUAAAUAAAUAAUUGAUAAUUA